AUGAAUGGGACUCUCCAGUGUGCUGACCCCUGCCAGGAGUACACUGUGCUGAAUGAUGACUGGCACUCAACAAAUAACACGUCCACCAAGAACCCAGGCUGUGAUCGAAAUUCUAGAAACAAGCUUGGAGAGUGCAGGCACAGAGGGUUUGGAUCACACAACUGUGGACGCAAUCAAGAUGCUGGUGUCGUCUGUGAAGAAUCUAUCAGCACAGUUGUACCCACCACACCUGUUACAACACCUGUGACCAUCACCACCACUCAAGUGACAGCUGACAUCCCCUCCACCACAACACCUGACAACAGCUCAGCAGUUGAGGGUGAGGUCCGUCUGGUUAACAGAGGGAACCAGUCCUGCUCUGGCAGAGUAGAGAUCUUCCACCGUGGACAGUGGGGGACGGUGUGUGAUGAUCAAUGGGGCCUGGCUGAUGCUCAGGUGGUGUGCAGACAGAUGGGCUGUGGCAGGGCUCUGUCAGCACCAUCAGUUGCCUAUUUUGGACAGGGCAGUGGACCCAUCUGGAUGGAUGCUGUAAACAGCAUUCACACUAUUGUUAUUCAAAUCUUUAAGUUCUCUAAGUUAUUUCACUUUUUCUACAAAAUUUUGCCCCAUUGAAAUGAAUGGGAAAAUUUUCCACCUUUC